GUCUCGUGCCUGCCUGUCGUGUGUACAGUGGGGGAUUAGUCGGCGUGGUCUUCAAAAGCAACGCUCCUGCAAAUCUCACCCCUCGGGACUAUCGGUAGGACUGUGUCAUUCAUUUAUUAUGGAAGCUGUUCCUGGGAUUUUCAUCUUCACACCAAACCAUUUCAUCCACUUUUGCGGCAUUGGACAGUAUAAGGACGUUGUUUUUUACUUGGAGUGCCAGUCAUUGAGAACCCUAAGCUGGUGCUGAGCGACUCAGUAAACAUGACAUGCAAACUCAGCGGCGUCUACCCCAGAGAUAUAAAGGUGACCUGGAACAAGACGUUUGAAAGCUCCCAGUUUCAGCAUGCAGAAGAAAACGAGGACGGCACCUUCACUCUCACCUCUGUGCUUUCAUUCACCAUCAAGGAGGAUAUGAGGGGCACCUGGCUGACAUGCCAGGCGGGAUAUGAGGGGUUAACACCUGUGAGUGGCGCGGUGACACUGGGAGUCAGAGGACCACCUUCCAUAAAGGGGCCACAGACGAGAGUUGAGACUGGACAGACUGCCAGCUUCACUUAUGAGUCACUUGGUGACCAGGACACCAGCAUCUCAUGGCUGAAAGGUGAGACGACUGUGUCUGGAGGGCAAAAUAUGAGCUGGAGUAAUGGGACCAGAAGUGAACUCAAAGUGACUCUGUAUAAGAAUGACGUGAAAUCCAGAAUCUACUGCCAGAUCCCGGGAUACAGAGGAGGUUCGGUCCCAUCAGAUGCUCUCAACUUCAGCACCUUCAUCUUGGCGAUACCCGAAGUGACAAUUAAGAAGACGAGCGCGGAGGACUCACACAACAGUCCCAGUUUCCACUGUAAAAUCAGUGGGUUUUACCCUGAUGACAUUAAGGUGAUGUGGCUCCUAGAGGGACAGACGCUGAACUCCAUCCUGUUCAACAGUAUCAAAAAUCUGGAUGGGACAUUUACAGCCUUUACUUUAAUAGAUGUCAACGUCACCAAUGAAGUAAAGCAGCUCAACUGUGUCGUGACACACAUGGGAAACCGCAAUGUGGCAGACAGCGUCAAGGUGUCUAAGAGGAGUUCAAGUGAUGUGAGCGAUGGCGGCUCUUUAUCAUCAUCAUCAGGUAAUCGGUUUGAGUGCUUCAGAAGACACUUGGAGUGUUGA